AUGGAGAUCCAACUCCUCAAGGCAGCCGUCAAGGAGACCAUCAAGGAGACCAUUACGGAGAUUAUCACGGCAGCACGACGACAUCAGUCCGCGUGGCUGGGCAGGAAGCGGGAUCGAAAAGGACAAGGCUAUGAGAGCAGCAGCAGCAUCACAAUCACGCACACCAUCACGCAGACUACCUCGCAAGCCACUACCCCGGAAUUACCCCCUCUGAUCAGCUACGUCCACCCUUUCGCAAGGCGUGACCGUGCAUGGAGCCCGUCCCUCCUCACGAUUGACUCCGAGAUAGAGUUCAGCCCUGAGGGAUCUCCCCCUGGUGCGGCUCUUGGAAUCCCUCCUGAGCACAUCCUUGACGAAGACCCAUCGCCGAUAGAUGGGCCUAUCCCUCUGAACCUUGCCAAAGCUGCUGCCCCUGCUACCAUUUGGGGAGCGGACAACUACAUGGUGCAUAAAUUGAGUUCCUUUGAUGGAGCUUCGUCAAUUGUGUCUUUCGCCAGCCACUUGGGAGGAAUCGCGUUCGGCCAGGACCACCAAGAGACGGGCACUAGGGACAGCCAGCGUGUUUAA